AUGGCUCCACCAACAUCCAUCAAGAAAGUCCAACAGCUUAAUGGCUGUUUGGCAUCUCUGAAUAGGUUCAUUUCUAGGUCAGCAGACAAAGCUCUCCCAUUCUACAAGAUUUUAAGGGGAGGAAAAAAGUUCGAGUGGGAUGAGGCAUGUCAAAAAGCCUUCACUGAGCUAAAGUCAUAUAUCGCAUCCCUACCCGUGCUCACAAAACCUCAGCCCGGAGACACCCUCCUACUAUACCUAGCUACCUCAUCCGAUGCCAUCAGCGCAGUCCUCAUCCGAGAUGGAGGAAAAGGUCACCAACCCAUAUACUACAUAAGUCGCGCUCUUCAAGGAGCCGAGCAGUGCUAUUCCAAUACGGAGAAACUCGCCCUCGCCCUCAUCAAUGCAGCCCGGAAGCUUCGACCUUACUUCCAGUCACAUCAAGUGGUGGUUCUCACCAAUUAUCCGUUGAAACAAAUACUAAGGAGUCCCGAAACAUCCGGGCGAUUAGCAAAAUGGGCGAUAGAGCUAAGUGAAUAUGGAGUGGAAUUCAAACCCCGCCCAGCUAUCAAAGCGCAAGUAUUGGCUGACUUUCUAGUCGAAAUGACAUCAAUAGAAGAAAGCAACUCUUUACCUACUUGGUCCGUCAGCGUCGAUGGAUCUUCCACUACCACAGGACGUGGAGCGGGCAUCGUACUAACGAACCCCGACGGAGACGAAUUCGAGUAUGCUCAACGAUUCGAAUUCACAGCCUCGAACAAUGUUGCUGAAUAUGAAGCACUGAUAGCCGGAAUCCGCCUCGCCCUAGUUGCCGGAGCCCGUAAGCUCCUAAUCCAAAGUGACUCUCAGCUCGUCGUCAACCAAGUACUCGGAGCUUACGAGGCUAAAGAAGACACCAUGGCCAAAUACUUAGCUCUCGCGCACACUCUCUUAUCUAAAUUCGAGAGCUACGAGAUAAGACAAGUACCUCGCUCCAAUAACAUCCAUGCUGACAAAUUAGCUAGGCUGGGAAGCUCCAUGGCCAGCAUCGGAAGUCGGAAGGUGACGCUCCUCACCUCACCUCAGCCGGAGAUAACUUCACCUAGUGAAGUACAGUACACCGAGGAGGAUGAACCAUGCUGGUUCACUCCAAUCCUGAAGUAUCUCAAGAAGGGGGAACUUCCAACGGAUCCCACUGAAGCACGGAAGUUAAAAACAAGAGCCGCCCGCUUCAUUAUAGUGGGAGAAGAACUGUACAAACGAGGUUUCUCAUUCCCCUAUCUCAAGUGCCUCGACCUGACCACAGCGAAUUACGUACUUAGAGAAGUACAUGAAGGUAUCUGCGGAAAUCACUUGAGCGGGAGAACCUUAGCUCUUAAACUACUGAGGCAAGGUUACUACUGGCCAACGAUGCAGGAGGACGCAAAGAGAUUAGUCCGGAGGUGUGUAAGCCUUGCCAAGAGAAUGCCAAUAUUCCUCACCUGCCAGCAGCAUUAA